AUGAGUAAUAUCGAUGUUGUCCAUAUAGAAAUUGAAUAUUUGAUUCCAGUUGGCAUAAGUAAUAGUGUACAUGUUAUUGAUGAAAUAGUUGGAAAUAUAUUAUCACUUGCUGUGGACAUGAGUAUAAACAAAAUAUAUCCAACUCGUAUGGAAAUUAUUGACGAAGCAUUUAGAGAAGUGAGUAUAAUAUAUAUUAUACACCCCAAUGUUUUUAAACAUUGUGUUGAGACAACAUGAGUUGUCAUUAGUUAAUUACAAAUUAACAGUUUACAGUGAUUAAAUGGUUAGGUAUUAUUUUUUUUUUUUUAUUUAUAAGUUGUAGGAUAGAUAUUUUUUAAUAAGUGGUUGAGAUAUGUUCAGAUAGUUAUAAAAUUAUCAUGUUUUUUAUCUGUAGCAAAGAAAAAAAAAUAUUUUCUUUAAGUUUUUUAAGGAAAUUUAUUUUUGGUUAAUAUAUAUUAUCUGAUGGCAUAUGUUAUGUGUCACCUAAAUCGAUGUAAAACCAGGCGAGUACACCAUAAUAAAAUAUGAGCACCUUUGUACAUAACAAUAAUUAGACUUAAUAUUAUUCAGGGCUUAGAAUAUUUUCGAAUAGAUUAAUUGUUUGGACUGAGAAUACUUUCAAAUAAUUUAGUUAUUAAAUUAAAAAUAUUUCAAAUGUUUAUUUAUUUAUUUAAUUAGUGUUUUUAACAAAAUAAUAAUAUUUUCUGAAUAAUAAACCAGUAUUAGAAUUCAAUUAAUUCUUCAUGUAACUUCACUCUUCUUUGUCUGACUAGGACACGUAAAUAGAAAAUAUUUUUUUGGUGUACUGUAAUAGGCUGUGGUUUUAAAACAUUAAGUGGGAGUUGGUGGUAAACAAUGUUUUAUUUAAGUAAUACAAUGGUGUGAGUAAAAUAAAUUAAAUUAAAUAUAUGAUUAAAAGUUAAAUUAAAUAUAUGAUUAGAAUAUCAGUAAAUAUUAAGUUUAGGUUAAGCCUAUAGAAUGAAUAGCUAGUCUCUAUUAUUGGUAAAUGGUUACUAAUCAUUGCAAUAAUUAUAAGUACAGACUGAAGUAUUUGUAUAAAAUGGAAGAAAAAUAUUAAAAUUCAAUUUAAACCGAUCACUGUCCACUAGUGAAAUAAUGCCAUUUGUGGGAACUGGUGAGUGGUAGUGAUUAUUGUUGAUGUGAUUCACCAAAAAAAUGAUUGAAAACUUUUAUAUAUAAUGAUAUAAUAUAAUUCUGAAAUGAAAAUGUAACUAAUAUUAAUUGGACAGGGUAAAUAUGUGAUGGUUUUAUGAAUUUUCAGUUAAGAAAGAAAUUUUGGAGGCUUUGCAGUCUCAGCAUAUUAUGCCUCUCCCCUAUAUACACCACUGAUGUUAAUUAUUUAUACUUUAAUUAAUUUUUUAUUUUACAUUUUUAUUAAAAUUUAUUGGUGUGACAGGUUUUGUCAAUAAUAAAGAAAGGAGACCACCAAGAGACCUUUCUAAAGUAUUAAAAUUCAUAAUGAAGAAGUACUUAAAAUUAUUAAUAUUGAAUGAACCAUCUGACAUAAAAUUUACAAUAUAAGUAACUAUUAUCUCAAGAUGCACAUUACUUCUAUUUUAAUAAUAUUAAUGUUUUUUUUUUUUUUUAUAGAUUUAUUUUAUUCAAUUUAUAUGAAUACAAAUCAAUUCAACAAUUUAUACACUUCAAUUUAAAUUAUUGCAAAUACAGUUGAAUAAAUAAUCAAAAAAAAAAAAAGAAAUUAACAGCCAGCAUAUCAGUAAGUAUUUAAAUAUUCAAUUACCAUUCAAAAACAUUGUUAAAAAGUUAACAUAUGGCCACAUCAUGCAAAAAGUGACUUAUCCAAGAAAAAGUUCUUAUUAAUCACCUGUUAUAAUAUAUUAUACAUUUAUAAGUAGCGCGAGACCAGUUAUUAGUGAGUCAUUAUUAUAAUAUAAAUAAUAAUAUGCAAAAUAAUAUAUUACCUUAAAACUGCCAAUCAUUAUUAUUUCCAUAUUUUUAACUAUACAAUUUGUGUACCUUAGAAAAUGCAAUGCAAAUGUAUAGUAGUAUUAUUUAGAUUUAAAUCAUCAUUUAAUAAUAAAUUUGCACAGUGUAUAAUGUAAAUAUAUUUUAUGUAUAUUAAAUUAAAUUAAUUAUUAUAUUAAAAAGACAUGUUCAUAUUAAUAACCUGUUAUAUUAUAUUGAAAAUUAUCUGAAUUUUUAACCUUCAAACCAUUAUGGAUGUACAGUGAAACUACUCUUAACGGACAUUUCUAAAUAGCGAACAAUUUUUUGGGAUGGGGACAUUUUCAUUGCUUUUAUGUAGGAAACACUCUAAAUAACGGACAAUUUUAUAGCCAGGUCUUAAACAAGCUAAAGUAACUGAUUUUUUCAGUAAAUGUUAAUUUUUAUCAAUAAUUUUUAUUUACAUUUUCGUUAAUAUUUUUACAUACAUAAUAAUAACAAAUUUAAUUAAUACACUUGGAGUCACAAAAAUCGCACAUCUUUAAAAUUAAAUUUCAAACAGGCGUUUCCUCCAACCAAAACAUUUAACCCAAACAAUAAAGAUAUCAAUUGUAAAUACAGUUAAUGACCUCUAAUCCAAUAGUAGUUUCAUUUCAUAAACAAUAAUCAUAUUCCGAGUAUAUGGCACAUUAGAAAAAUGUAUAAAUAUACUCUUAUCUUAUCCAGAGGAAUAAAUCAGAAUGACAACGCUGCACAACGGACAGAGAUGAUCAUUUUAUUGUCUUUGCGCAAUCGAUUUUCCAAUGCUGUACAGCUUCAACAGCAACUCCACACAACUCACAGUACAACAGUAAGCAUCUUUACGGUUAGGAGAACAAAAAAUUGUGGCUCGCAGACCUGCUACCGGUCCGAAACUGACUGCACAGCACCGCAAAGAACAGUUACAGUUUACCAUGAACACGUUAAUUGGACUCUCGACCAAUUGAAGACUGUGAUCUUUUCGGAUGAAACAAGGGUGUGUCUAUUCAGCAAUGACAAACAAAAGAAAGUGUACCGAAGGCAGGGCGAAGGGUUUCCAUAAGCCUGUAUUGAGCAGACAGUAGAGUAUGAGGGUGGCUCAUGCAUGUUCUGGAGCAGCAUUUCUAUUGAUAGCAAGACUGAGCUUGUGUGCGUUUCGCAGAUUGGUGGUGCUCGAGGACAAGGAUUGCUGACUUCUCAUUGAUACAUCAUAGAGAUCUUAGAGGAGUAUGUGGUACCAUAUGCGGGUUUUGUUGGCGAUGGGUUUAUACUAAUGCUUGGCAAUGCUUGUUCCCACACCGCAUUAAUUGUAAGGAAUUAUAUGGAAGAAGUUGGGAUCCCUGUUAUGAACUGACCAGAGAGAAGUCCAGAUCUAAACCCAAUUGAGCACCUCGGGGAUGAAUUAAAAUGAAUAGUGUGGUCACAUGAUCGUGCCCCAACAACCUUCCAAGAUCUUCAAGAUGCUGUUGUUGCACAAUGAAUGAGCAUUUCUCAGCAACACAUAACAUCAUACUCAACAUAACUAAUCUGUAAUCAACAUAACUCAUAACAUCCAUAAAAGAUUGUAUGGAAGCAGUAGAGACAAGAGGAAGUAGCACUAGAUUUUAAAUAACAUUUAGUAACAGUUUUUUAUUUUUAUGUGAAGUCUAUUGUCUGUUUCUGUUUGUAAAAAUGUAUAACCUCAAUAUAAUUUGUUCUCUUCUUUUACGAUUAACUUAUUUUUUUAAAACACUGAUAAACAAAAACACAUACCAUUUAUUUAUUUUUCAAGUUUAUCACCUUUCGAAUGAUAUAUCAUAACAGUACCCUUACAUAUGAUUAAGUGUAGUUAAAAUUACUUUGAAAAAUAAUUUGCAAUAGGUGCGAUAUUUGUGACGCCAAGUAUAAUAUGCACAAUUAAUAUUUGUUUUAAAAUAAUACAAAUAUACGCAUAUCAUUAAUAUACAUAUUAAAUAUAUAAAUGUUGUACAUAGUUAUUAAUUUUUCAGAAUUUUUUGAAGUAUGUGAUUGA